GUUAUUCAGUUAGAGUCAGUCUAAGUAAAAGCUUUGUUGGAGUCAGUCUUUAUAAAAGUAUUGUUGUUGUUGUAGUUAGUUUGAAUUCGAGAUUUGUUGCGUAGGUACAUUAUGAUAAGUGAUAAGUGAAUUUAUAUAAGAUCAAUUUGUUCAACAAAACUUUGUUACUGUUUGUGAAGUGAGCUUACUGAACCUGGAAUCUGUGACAGAAGUAUCGUAGUUUUAGCGAGAACCGCCCGGGUACCAUUAAGCGAGCGAAAAAAGAAGUGCAAAACUAAACCCGUUCCCUGGAAUGGCCUCAGCUCGACAACGACCAUCAGAGAAAAAGAAAUGGACAGAUUUUUUAACAUGUCGUCAAGUACUAAACAUAAUGGUAAUAUUGGGCUUUAUGUUCAACUACAUGUUGAGAGUCAACCUGACUAUUGCAAUAGUGGACAUGGUCGAAAGCAAUACUACCUCUACAAAUUCAUCAAGAAACCAAACAGAUGAAACACGUUUCAAAUGGAAUUCUGAACAGUACAAUGCGAUUUUAGGCAGUUUCUUUUGGGGAUACGUCCUUACCGAACUCCCAGGAGGCAGAAUGGCCGAAAUAGUGGGAGCCCGUAAGAUAUUCGGAGGCGGCAUGUUGAUGGCCUCAAUUCUCACAAUACUCACACCCGCAGCGGCUUAUCUCGACUACUAUGCCAUACUGAUUUUGAGGGCCGUAUUAGGAUUCUUUUUGGGAGCUACAUGGCCUGCUAUUCAACCGAUGGCAUCUAACUGGAUUCCUCCUAUGGAAAGAUCCAAAUUUAUAGCCAAUAUGAUGGCGUCAAGCUUAGGCGCAGCACUUACUAUGCCCGUAUGCGGAUAUUUGAUUAGUACCAUAGGCUGGGAGAGUGUUUUUUACGUGACAGGAGUGGUUGGUCUUUUUUGGUCUAUUUUAUGGUUUUGUAUAAUUUACGACUCGCCCGCACAACAUCCCAGAAUAAGUGAAGAGGAACGGAGAGAGAUUGAAACAAAAAUUGCUGAUGGAGAAGGUGGAAAGAAGACAAAACCGUCUUAUGUACCUUGGAAACAAAUAUUCACAAGUUUACCAGUUUGGGCCAUUAUAAUAACCCAUGGGUGUUCUGUAUUCGGAUACUUUACAGUAGUAAAUCAAUUACCGACAUACAUGAAACAAGUUUUAGGAUUCAACGUCAAGAAAAAUGGAUUGUUUAGCAGUUUACCCUAUUUAGCAAAAUAUAUUAUGGCUAUUAUAGCAUCCUACAUAGCAGACAGAUUGCGAAAAACUGGAAAAUUAUCAACAACAGCGACCAGAAAAGUGUUCACAACUUUUGCCAUUCUAAUUCCAGCUUUCCUCAUGAUGAUCCAAGCCAUCUGGGGCAUGAAUGCUGCAUUAUCUGUAUCGGUAUUCACAAUAAGUCUGUUCUUCAAUGGCGCUGUUACAGCUGGAUAUUUAGCAAACGCCCUGGAUAUUGCACCAAACUUCUCCGGUACCAUAUUCGGCUUGGCCAAUACCUUAUCCAGUUUUGGAGGAUGGUUAUCUACGAAAAUUGUCGCCAUUUUAACCGUAGAAGUGAGCACUUUUGAAACAUGGAAAUACGUUUUCUGGAUUUUGGUAUUAACGUAUCUGUUCGGAGCAGUUUUCUAUUUAAUAUUUGGCAGUGGGAAGUUACAAAAAUGGAAUAACCCGGACGACUAUUAUGUGAACGGGAAAGAAUUGCAACCUUUGAAGAGCAAAGCUGAAAUAGAAAAGGAAAAGGAAAUUAAUGACUUAGCUUAAAUGGUUUUACAUGCAUAUCAACAAUAAUGGAAAUCUUAAGUACCCACUAUUAGUGCGUUGUAUGUAAAAUUGAACCAGUAUUACAAAAUUAUUACAUUAAAAAAGCAUUACUUGACAAAAAAAAAAUGUAGUAGGUUUAUAGCCGAAAACGAGUAAAAAAAAAUAUACUCGAUAAUUUAUUUGAUAAACAUGAAAUUUAUAGAAUUAUAAAUUAGGAUCUUCAAUAAUUAUUAUUAUGUAAUUAUAUUUUUGUUAUUGUGGUGACGAAGACAACUUUUUUUCAAUAAACAUUUUUAUUAAUUAAGU